UCAAAUUCUGCCAGCCGAAGAUUUUCGUCGUUAUUCUUGUUCAGUCUAAAUAUUUCCCUCCCAUAUAUCAAAAUACAACUGCACCAGUCCCUAAGAUCGAAUCCACUGGUCCAUCUAAGAUGGCAAGCAGAAGUCAAGGCCGUUCACCCCGUCGUAUACCGGAAGGAAGAGGGCCCUAUGGGGUCGGAUGCGGGGAUAUUAUGGCUGGUCUUUCGACAUCGGGGGUGUUCUUCCGUCUGUUCUACCCAAUGGAGAAGGUUCCAGGUGGGCCCCCUAAGAAAGCAAGGCCUCCUUGGCUCCCAGGCACCCAGUAUGCCAAGGGUUAUGGGGCAGUUGUGGGCAAGAAGCUGGCUGGGGUAACUCUCAAGUGGCUGCUAUCGAAAGUCACAUUGCCUGUCUGUUGGCAUGGUAAACUGAGUGAUUCCAAGAACAAGUAUCCAGUCAUCAUCUUCAGCCAUGGACUAGGGGGAUGUAGAACCACGUACACCAGUAUAUGUAUGGAUAUUGCAUCCCAUGGUUGUAUUGUAGCAGCGGUGGAACACAGAGAUCAAUCUGCUUGUGCAUCGUUCAUCAUCAAUAACAACAAUAGCAAUGGAACGGCUAAUGAGUUAGACCAGCAGUGGAUAGCAUAUCAUAAAGCAGCGUAUGAGGAGCAGGAGUUACGCACAAGACAGGUUAAUCAGAGGAAGGAGGAAUGUAUAGCAGUACUAGACUAUCUUCAGGAUCUAGAUGAAGGAGAACAUUUAGAGAAUGAUCUUGAUCCAGAUAUGGAUCUUGCUGUCUUUCAGGGUCGUAUGGAUUUAAGUGAUGUAGCAGUGUGUGGUCAUUCAUUCGGUGGUGCUACAACCAUUGCCUGUCUGAGUAGAGAUGAUAGAUUCAAAUGUGGGGUAGCAUUCGAUGCAUGGAUGUUUCCUCUGGCUGAAAGUCACCUCAAUGUCAAACAGCCAAUGUUGUUCAUCAACACAGAGAAGUUUCAGUGGAAAGCCAACAUCAAGCGCAUGCUCUCGCUCGUGCCCGACAUCCACGCCUCUUCGGGCCCACGCCGGAUGGUUACCGUACGUGGGACUGUCCACCAAAGCCAAUCCGAUUUCAGCCUCAUUGUGCCUCAAUUCCUCGCCAAACUAGCCAGCUCUAGAGGACCUCUUGACCCUUACAUGGCCAUGGCUUGUAACAAUGAUGCUGCUAUCCGCUUCCUAUCUAACUACCUUGAUCUUCAGUUUAUUGAUGAGACUGAUGGUUUAGUGUCUUCCAAUGAUGAUCUCAUCUUGAUCGGUACCAACGUCAAUCUCAAGGAAGAUGAAGAGAUAGAGCCUAGGAAGGAGAACAGUGAGAGACGAGGUUCGCUGAUAAGGAGAAGCUUGCGAUUAAAACGAAGAAAAUCCCAGCCCCAGAAGGAGACUCUGGAUAGAGAGAACGAAAGACAAGAGAAGACAGAAGAACAGAGAGGAGAUUAAGAUGGAAUGAAAGGUAGAAAGAUGAAAAAGAUGAUGUCAAGGAAUAAUUUGACGAGAUAAUGGAGGAUAAAGCCUACUAUAGUUUUGCAAUGUUUGAUCAACGCUGCUCUAAUACAGAUUGUUAUUUUUGUAAAGCAUUUUUUACAUAUUUAUUAUGAUCUAUGUACGAUCUGAUGAGAUUUAUUUAUGAUCGCAUAGAAUGAUUGCCAUAAUUAGUGCAUUAUUGUGUAAUAUUAGAAAUCAUUUAAAUGACAAUGUCUAGGUCCGUGUCAAUGAAUCUGCAGGCACUUUUGCAAGUUGCAUAAUGUAGAGUCUGAAUUAGUGAGACUAGAUUCACCUUGUACUGUGGCUGCCUACACAGACAGAGAGGUCUGUAUUCUGAAGUCGGGUUUAACUUAGACCGUGGUCGAACUCUGUGCUAAGAUUAUGGGGAGCCAAAAUUCCAAAAUUCUGUUCAUAUUGUAUAUUUUUCAUAUUUACAACUUUGUUUCCUUUUGAUUUCAUAAGGUAGAAAAAUACUUCAGUUAUCAUUCCCAGACAAUGAUGAACAAUUUGGGUGUCAUAUGAGUUGAUAAAAUUGAGUGUGUACUGUUGGGAUUUGUGCCCCAGUUGGCUCUCCAUAGUUAAACCACAACUUUAAACCUGAGUUUAAGUUGCACCCGACUCCAAAAUACGGGCAAGAGAGUUUGGCGUGUAGUCUUCAUUCUAGACACAGUAUGAUUGGUUAAGGUGUCAAAUGUGAGUCUGUGGUUUGCAGACUACAUGGCAAUCAUGAUCAUUGAUAAUGAAAAUAAUUGUGUUAUUUUCAUUGGCAUCUCGUUCUCCAACUUGAGUAUUGAUUGAUAUCGUGGUAAAUUCUUCAUCAAGUAACGAUUUUCCUUUAAAAAAAUAUGUUCUCUGUUGACUAAUCCCAUGCUCGGAGAGAGCAAUUGCUCUGGAAGAGGGUAAAAAAGCUCUUUUUGUAUGGAUGUUUAACAAAAAUUUAUGAUAAUAUAUUAACCUUUGUGCUGGAAACCACCAUCGAAGUAUAUGCUGUGCCAGCACCCAGCAGCAGAGAGAAAGGUGUGAGUUAGAGAGUAUAAGAUUUUGAAAUGUUCAAUUUCAAAUGAAGAAGUUUUGUCAUUACAUCUAUUGUAUCUAUUUCUUCUGUCAAUGGUUUGAUUAAAAUCAAUGGAAAUGUGUCACAGAUGACUUCGUUCUGUGAUAUGUUCAACCAUAAUUUCCGAAAUUCUUCUUGGUUUAUAAUUAACUGCAUGUACAUGUAGGUAUAAUGUAUCUUCCUUUAUAACAAACGAGAAAUGUUACAAAUACAUGUAGUGCUUGUAUCAUUUUGUAGCCUGGUUGCAAUGAAAAUCACUGCCUAGCAAGCCCUAAUUUAUUGAACAUUAAUUAACAGAAAUGUGUGAAACUUUUUUCAAAAUUAUUAAUUUUUUUAAUAUACAAUUUUUUUUUAAUGAGCUGCCUUUGUAGCUCAGAGGAAAGUACUUUUACAGGGUUUGUUUUCUUAAUAGAGGACUGGAAAUACCCCUGUAAUGGCAAUUUAAUGCAGAGAAUAGGUUACGAAUUUAUUUAAAUACAGUAUAAAGAUAUUGAAGCAAUUAUACUUUCUUCAAAAUAGUUUUAUCUGUAUAUUUAUUUCAUAGUAACAGGGUGUUUAGCAAGAAUUGGAGGUUAGGUAGAAAUGUAAGAUACCCUAAAUAAAAAAUAAUGAUUCCACUUGCCCAAGGAUCCAGGACCCGCCUUCAACAAGCCUGUGAUCAAUAGCUAGAUGUAUUGUUAAUUUUGCUAUUAAAUAUGACAUGUACCUUAAUUAUUUGCAAGUCUUAAAGAUUAAUUUUGAUUCUAGAUUUGACUUGAAAUUAAUUCAGGACCAAGAAUUAAGAUUGGUUGUUAUUACAUUGGCUAAUAAUUGAUUGUAAGUUCAUUAUAAUUAGACUUGUAAGAAAUAUUUGCAAUCGAUUGCAUUUUUUGUUUUAAUUUUACUAAUUCAGUACUAGCUAGAGCAAGUCAUUUUCUUUUCUUUGUUUGCAGCAGCUCAGCAAUUUUGAAUUUCCUAUAGAAAUAAAUUAGGAGGACACAGUUUUAGGACCCUAAAAAGAUUGGGAAUUGAUUUCAUGAUUCUUGCAACACACAUAGACAUAGAUUCAGACUUCACACCUUAAUAUCAGAUUUUGAUACUUCCUUAACGAUGAAUAGAGUUCCCAUGUAUAUUUUUAUUUUCAUUAAGGUUUUGGUGCUUUUUCGUGUGUCAAAUACCAAAAAUUAUCAGUGACUUUAUUUUUUUUUCUACAAUCAAAUACCUUCCUUUACAUGAUACUUGAAUGAUUUAUAAUACAAUUAAUUUAUAUAUCUUGUUGUCUGUAUCAUUUUUUUUUUGUAUUUAAAUAAAAUGAUCCAACGGUUAAAUGUUCAAGAAUAUGCAAAUAUUCACCUUGUGCAUGUGAUUUCAUAAUCUCACAGCGCCCUCGCUCAGAGGGUAUAGGAAUACACAUUAACGUAGUUGUCAGCGAUAUGAUGGCUGCAGAUCACCAAUGCACACAUGGCAAUGGCACUGACCGCUAACAUGGCGGCACAAUGAUGUCAAUGUGUAAAAUCUAUCUACAUGUACAUCAUCAAGGUCAUUAGUAAGUAUUACAUGCCCGAGGUACCUUUGGAACGGUUCUAACUUGCCCGAGGCACCGCUGAAGGUAUUUGGAUCGUUUUAAAGGGAACACGUGUGUGUAAUGAUUCUAUUGCCCAAGCAAAAUGAUGCUUAUGAUAAGAAAGUGAUGAAGAUCAUUAUUAUUAUUUGAUAAAACAUCCUUGUAUAAUAACUAUUACAGCUCAAUAGAACUACAUGUAGUCAUUAAAGCCCCUUUCACAAUUGGUGGUGCGACUGCUUUCAACCGUUGCGAUUCUGUGCAUCAUAUAUUGUGAUCAAGUGAUCGCAAACGAUCGUAUGAGCAAUUGUGAAAGCCUCUUUAUACCAAUCGAUUGCAACUUUGACUGUUAGGUAAUUAAAUAAAUGACUGAUAGAUUUCAACCCAUCAUUUGAUUAGAAUCUGUUUCACCAUGUUAUAGUCAUAUUCAGUAAUCAUGCACACAUGAAAAUGGGGUAGUUGAUUAAACCAGUCGUCUGCGAAUUAAUGUUCUUUCCAACGUGGUACUAGAGGAAUGGACAUUGUAUGCUAUUAAACUAUAUUUUUAUGGAAGUACUGAAAGAUUGUUCUGCUCGGAGUAUUUCAUGUUUUACAUGUGUAUACUUGGAAAAAAAAUAAUUUUGGAGUGUUUAUCUAUUUUUUUACAUUAUUUUUUUGCAACUAUCUGUUCACUUGUUUUAUUUUGUUGGAAGGGGGUAGGGUGCCUUAAAAAAGGUAUAAUGAGUCUCUAAUGUAGAGCUGUUUAUUUGUUUGAAGUGAAGUCCUUGAAUAUCUACAGUGUCACAUAUAUGUCAUUGAUGUGUUUUAGAAGGUGUUGGUCUGGUCUAUUAAGGUGUUAAUGUAGUCAUGAAGUGCCAAGUGUUACUUCGGUGUAUGUACUUUUGUUAAUGUACUGUGUAAUUUAAGAGAUGUUGGCACCUCACUUUCAGUGCUUUGGAUAACACCACAUGUCUACCUUGUCUACCUACAUGUAUUUAAUUGUUAUUAGCCACCAUUAAAGCGUGGAAGUGUCGCGUAGCGGUUCUGACUUUCGCCUUGCAGUCGGAGGGUCGUGUGUUUCAAUCCCACUUCGGCAUAGCAUCCUCUGGCAAUGCGUCGAUCGACACUAGCACUCUCCACCCAGGUGUUAAAUGGGUUCCGUACCUAUACUCAGA